GGCCUAGUGGACCUGGGCAGGAGAAGUGGCAAAGCCGGAGCUGGAUUCCGAACUGGAGGAGCCGCCUGGCAGGCAGACGCUGCCGAACCAUCCCACACCCCGCGAGGCGCGGAAGGCCCGGGGACGAGCGCAGGCGGCGAGGGCAUCAUCUUGGGAUCAAGCUAUGGUGAAAGAUGUUUCGCAAAGGCAAGAAGCGGCACAGCAGCAGCAGUUCCCAGAGCAGUGAAAUCAGCACGAAGAGCAAGUCUGUGGAUUCCAGCCUCGGGGGGCUUUCGAGAUCCAGCACUGUCGCCAGCCUUGAUACGGACUCCACCAAAAGUUCAGGACAAAGCAACAGUUUAGACACGUGCGCCGAGUUUCGAAUAAAGUACGUUGGUGCCAUCGAGAAACUGGACCUGUCCCAGGGGAAGAGUCUCCAAGGACCACUAGACCUGAUAAAUUACAUAGAUGUUGCCCAGCAAGAUGGAAAGUUGCCUUUUGUUCCCCUGGAGGAGGAGUUUAUUCUGGGCGUUUCCAAGUAUGGCAUAAAAGUCUCAACCACGGAUCAGCAUGGUGUUCUGCAUAGGCAUGCCCUGUAUUUAAUCAUCCGGAUGGUGUGCUACGAUGAUGGCCUGGGAGCCGGGAAGAGCUUGCUGGCACUCAAGACCACAGAUGCAAGCAAUGAAGAAUACAGCCUGUGGGUUUACCAGUGUAACAGCCUGGAGCAAGCCCAAGCAAUCUGCAAGGUCUUAUCCACAGCCUUUGACUCUGUGUUGACAUCCGACAAGUCCUGACCUCUGCAGUCCCAUGGAAACUGGCCCAUCCGAGAGCUCGCCUGGUCCUGCAUCUUUCUGCUUUGGAUCUGCAGUGGUGACCUAUGAGAGGGCAUAAAGCCCCGGCCCAGUGUUCUAAAGGAAGUGUGACGUGUGAGAUGUCAGUGGUCAUUCAGAGGUGUCACUAACAGUAGGAUAACUGCCAAUAAAUUACCUACUUUCUGGGCUAAGAGGAAACCUUGGGGCUGGACAGGUGGCUCAGGAGUUAGAAGCACUUGUAGAAGACGUGGGUUCAGUUCCCAGCACCCACAAGGUGGCUCAAAACUGCCUGUAACUCCAGUUCCUGGACAGUGCAUACACGCAGCCAGUCAUGCAUACAUAUAAUAAAAUCUAAAAAUAAGAUAAUAAAGAAA